UUUUUACACAUGACAGAUUAUAUAUGGGAGAGGCUGGCAGCAGCGUAUUGUUGAGAAUACUGCUGUGAUAUUUACAAGGUCAACAACUGGGACAUUGCAGGAAGUGAGCACAUUACCAUUAGAUAGCUGUCCAGUACAGAUCUUAUCUGUCAAACAUGAAAAGGGUACAGGCUACUGCAUAUACGUUGCUCUGGAACAUGGCAGUUUGCUGCAGUUUCAGACUUUGACAAGACAUAAAGGUGGUGAGAAGUCUAAUUCAAGACAGACCGUGAAACAAAUCCCUGGUUACACUGAUCCAACUGUUUGUAUUUUGAGAUCUCGUGCAGUUUAUUGUAUGGCAUAUUCUGAACAGAAUAAAGAAAUAUGGGUGAGUGGAAAUGGAAGCAUUGAUAUAGUGAAUUGCAAGGAUUUCAAAGUGGACACCGAUAAGAGAAUCAAUCUAAAGAUUUUGUUACGUAUAUGCAAAAUACAUCCGGAUUUGUGCGUUGGACAGAUGACUUGUAUAGGUUCACAGAUGUUUUGUAUGCUGUCAUACUCGCCAUUUGUGUUAGAGUUUGAUGCAGGCACAUAUGAGUGCAAAAGUAUUUUAAGUUUGGAGGAAUACUCGUUGGUUUGGAAGCUGGUCUCGAGAGACUUCCCAGAAUCCGAUCACGAUGCGUAUCAUGGUGUGGCAACAGCAGGAUGGUCUGGUUCAAUGAACACAGAAAAGUCAGAUGAUGAUAAUUCAGACAAUGAGUCUGAGGAUGAAACAUUCGAGAGUACAAACUUUGAUGACACUGCAACUUUCUGGAAGGAUAAAGACAAACAGAGAGCAAAGUCACAGCCUAUUAACCCAGACCAUGAAUCUAUUGAUGACUCCUUUGGUGAACCGCCUUUAAUACCAAGAAGAACAAAUGCCUCUAGAAAAGCUUGCAAACUUCUCGGAAUUCAUUGUGAUGAUAAUGUGACGAAAUCAUGUAUUGAAAACCAAGUUGUGCCCCCAAGGCCGCCCCGACCAAUAACAGAUUUUGUAACGAAGCCAAGACGAGACAAACCACCUCCAAUUCCUCCCAAAGGUGCAUCUGUCAGUAGUUAUUGUAACAAAGGAGAAAAGUCUAAAGUAUGUAAAAAAAGUUCUUUUUCGUUACCUAAUCUGCCUAAACACACUGGAUAUAAUAUUGAACUUACUUCCAUAUUAAUAGUAAAGAAUAGUCUGUGGAUAGGACGAAGCUCUGGUGAUAUUUGUAUAGUUAACAUUCACAGGGCAAAAUCAGGAGUUGUUGAUCGGUUCGGAAAAUGUGUCGCAAGUAUGUUUGAUUUAAACAUAAAACAAAAGAAAAUCCACUCUGUGAAAGACUUACAACUUGUUAAAGCUGGGAAACAUGUUGCGUCUGCUUACACUAUAAAUGAUGAGAAUGGGUUUUCAGACAUUGAAAUUGCAUUCUGGGAAAGCUAUGGAGUGGAGGAUGUGGAGAGAAUCGAAAAGUAUUGGGGACAUAUACUUAGUGUAGAAAAAGAGCUGCUUGAAAAUAAUAAAGAAGCAAAGCCAGUGUCACAGGACAUUGGGGAGUUUUAAAAAAGUAUUAGUGUUAAGAUUAAGAUAACAAAAGAGAAUUAUCAUUGUCAUGCUUAACACUCAUUCUUGUACAUAGUCAACUGUGCAGCUCACAGUGCUGUCUUAACUUGUUGAUCUUAUUUUAAUACCGGUAGAUACAUUUCUGGUCAUUAAUCUUUCCAAUUUCUUAAAUAUCUAAUAGAAAUUAUUGUGAAUAUGCUAAUUAUUGAGGGGGAAAAAAAACAAUUGUAAGAAAGGUUGAACUAGUUCUUAGAAACUUAGUUUCAGACUUAUGACAUACAUGUAUGUACAUAAUGAUAAAUUGACAUGUUAGAGUUACAGUCAAACUUGUAUUAAGCAACCGCGCAAGGGAAACACCCAAAACGGUUGCUUAAUGAAACAGUCUCUUAACCCAUUGCUUCAU